CUAGGGUAGAACUUUCAUGCCUUAAUCCUCAUUGGUAUACGCCUUGCUUUCUCUAAUUCGUGUAUAAUCUUGUAAUAAUGAUGAGUUCUUAAGCCCACAAGAAUAGUUUACUUCGGGCUUUUACACUUAACCGAGAGUCAUCCUCGCAACUACUGGACGCUAGCAACACUCCACUCUCACGCGACGUUCACCUACAACCUCCCAGGCCUCUAUGGUUGCGUAUUCAUAUCCGUAUAGAUGACCAGCGGUCUGAUGCGGCGAUUCUCGAGCUCUACCCGCACACAGUUCUCCCGGUCCACAGCAACUUCGCUCGCUGGGCCUCGGAUCCUAGGACUCAAGCAGUAUCGUAGAAGUAUCACAGACGUCCGGCCACGACAAGCGUCAGUUUCGAGGCAAUGGUUCACAAGCUCAACACCAUGGCUCUAUCCAGAGCUCGAUGAGCGCGAACGGCAGCGUUUGACUGAGCGCAACCUUAAGCUGGGAAAUACCAUCCGCAUCAUGCACGACCACCUGCCAACGCUACUUGUAUCGCCCUUACCACAGGACAUUCUCUCGCCGCACAUUAGCCUCCACCUAUUCCCAUCCACACACCCUCAUCUCCCGACCGUAAGAGGAAAGAUUGCAUACACAGCAGCGCUAUGGACAGCGCCAGUCGCAUGGGGCAGAGUACCCGUAGUCGGCAACGUGAAGCUCAAGAUACUCUCGGAGCGCAUGGUCAAAAACGGCGGCGCAUCGACGCCAGCGCAUACGCGACACGAGAAGCUGAUCGUCCGGUGGCAGACAGAAAAGAAAGAGCAAGGGCAGGUUAGCGAUGUGGUAGAAAAGAUCACGAGCAUUGUGGCAGGAUCGCGCCGCUCUGACGAAGACUUUUCCGGCCUUUUUGUCUUUGAGUUUGACGAAGAAGGUCGCAUCAUCAACCAUGUUAUUGAGCAUACGGACGAAGGUGAACAUUGGGAUAAAACAACAAAGUUCAUCAGCGUGACGGACUGGCUGCUGGGACGAGCGUGGGGCAGACGCGAUGAGGGCCGACCUAGUCUGGCGUUUGUCAGAUGCGCGAGAGCAAAGAACCACCGCAGCAAGGAUUGAGGGUUUGGAGUGGAUGGUUGCAGCAGGCGAAGAAAGACUUGCGAUGGAUUUGAUUUACGCGCGAAACUCCCCUCGGUCGUGUCUUUAUUCACCUAUACCCUACCUAUAUCAACCUGUUCUGGAGGAUUCCCUGUACGAUUCGAUUGUGAGAUGACAGCAGGCUUGGCGACUCGCAAGGUUUGGAGCUUUGAAACUUUAUUUGUAUUGUACGCAAUCACGAAGUCAUGAUUUUAUGUCGUGUAGGAUAACAAUAGCAUCAAAUUGAAACACAUGUUCUUGCUGGC